CAGAAAUGAGAUUCAAACUUGUUUGUCUUUUUUUAAGUCUAUUUGCUCUUCCGAGUGUGUCCCUCACAUGGGACAUGAGCAAGUGGAUGCCAGACACCCGGACUCACUCGAUGGUGAAGCGGCAAUGCGCAAUGUGCAUUGCCGGCGAUUUUUUGGACAAAAAGGAUCUGAUGGUGGAUGUAUCUAUUGGCCAGAUGAUUGUGUGGAACGAUGAAUGGGAUUUAACAGACUGUUGGACUGGGGAUGUCGUCAUCAAAGAAUGUGCCUCGGCAUGUGUCUCCAUAUACACCAAGUCGAAAACCCGUGAAGGAUGGUUUUGGACAAGUGUCCUUAUGGAUUGUUCCGAGGCAUUGAUCUGGUCAUCACCCGAUUUGUCUCUCAAACCGACGACAAUGGUACUCUUAGACGGAGUGUAUGUUGCAUCCAGAAAAGGCCACGAUAUCAAAUAUAUAUUCUCUACAAACAAUAACAACAGCACAUUGGACAUCAGAGAGCAUAUAUUUUCUUUCAUGGUUCCUGGAAUCAGACAGAAAAGAACUACCUUCGGGACAAAAGUCCUAUUGGCUUCCAUUGCCGUCAUAAUGAUUUUUGUCGUUCUCGCAUUAUUAAAAAUUGUGUACAAAGAAGAGCGUAGCCGAAAAAAUAAAGAUGAUCGUGAGCCAGUGGUUAGCUACUGUCGUGACAUUAAAGAGCAUAUUGCAAGAAUGGAACGCGGGCAAAUUAAGCAUGGGAAAGAGUUUAACAAGAACGUAGAGAAUGUCCAAGACAAUUUCACCGACAAGGAUGAUGCACACAUGACGGACAAUGAGUGUAAUAUGAACAUCACUGAUAAUCAACAGCCUAAAUAAGCUCUACAAAUCAACUCGAGGAUGAUACCGAAACUUAUACUUACUUCUCAACUAUUUUUAAAUGUUUCGAAUAUUCUUUCUUUCCUACGGUUCCUAUAUAAUAAUUAUCUUGUUUUUUAUUGGUGCAUUCUUUAUUUUCUACCGUUUACAGUAUUCCUUCUACAUAUUAUUAUGACCACCCUAUUAGACUUCCACUCUACAUUAGUAUUGUAUCUCGAACACCCUCUGAGAACUUGUAUUUCACUCGUUAUAAGUUUUACAAUUCCGAUUAGUCUUGCCCAGUACCGCCUCAUUAAUUACAGUAUUUUAACAAUGAUUUUUUGCGUUUUGGCAAUAAUUACACAAUAUCAUUUAUUUUCUAUUAAAGGUGGUGUAGUAGAAUUUUUAUUGCUUUAUUAGGUUAAAAAUUGUCUGAAAACACCGAAAAAAAAUGAAUCACCGUCAA